AUGGAGCCAACCGCACCUCUGAAACGCGCCCAGGCUGCCCUCAGCCGGGUCACCGACUUUGGGCCCAACAGCUCAAAUGUCAAGAUGUACAUCUAUGUGCCAACCAGACUUGCCGCGAAGCCGCCUGUGAUCGUGGCGAUCCACUACUGCACCGGCACCGCCCAGGCCUACUACAGCGGGUCCCCGUACGCCCAGCUUGCGGACCAAAAGGGCUUCAUUGUCAUCUACCCCGAGUCUCCGUACAGCGGCACCUGCUGGGACGUGUCGUCGAGAGCCACGCUCACCCACAAUGGCGGGGGCAACAGCAACUCGAUCGCCAACAUGGUCAAUUAUACGCUGAACAGGUACAAUGGUGACGCCAGCAAGGUGUUUGUCACUGGCACCUCGUCCGGCGCCAUGAUGACGAACGUCAUGGCGGCCACGUACCCGGAGUUGUUCGCUGCAGGUAUUGUUUAUUCAGGCACCCCGGCUGGCUGUUUCUACAGCCAGUCCGGGGGCGUCAACCAGUGGAACAGCUCGUGCGCCAACGGCCAGGCCCGCGGCACACCCCAGGUGUGGGCCAAAAUGGCCUUUGACAUGUACCCCGGCUACAACGGCUCGCGGCCCAAGAUGCAGAUCUACCACGGCUCGGCCGACACGACGCUCAACCAGAACAACUACAAUGAAACCAUCAAGCAGUGGUGCGGCGUGUUUGGAUACGACUACACUAGGCCCGACACCACGCAGGCCAACACGCCCCAGUCCCGGUAUACGACCUACACGUGGGGCGACCAUCUCGUCGGCGUCUACGCGCAGGGUGUCGGGCACUCGGUGCCCAUGCGCGGGAGCGACGACAUGAAGUUCUUUGGGCUGUGA